UUUCGGUGGUGCUCUCUCGUUCCUCUUCGCCUCCUACUUCGACGGCCGUUCCCACGGCCAGAGGAGCGACACUGCUGUCGGCCUCCUUCUCUGCCAGAAGAGCAACACCGCUGUCGGUCUACUUUUCUUCAUAUCUCCAGCUCUUGAGAUCGACGUCUUCUUCCUCCUAUUAGCGGAUUGAUUAGUCUCGGAGGGGAGGGAUCUACGGUGGAGGUGGCUUAAUAGAGGAGAUCGUUGAUCCCUCCAUCGGUGGUUAUACAAUGGCUGCUCCGCCUGCUAGGGCACGAGCCGAUUACGACUACUUGAUCAAACUUUUGCUGAUCGGAGACAGCGGUGUUGGGAAGAGUUGUCUCCUUCUGCGCUUCUCUGAUGGCUCUUUCACAACAAGUUUCAUUACUACAAUAGGUAUUGAUUUUAAAAUAAGAACUGUAGAAUUGGAUGGGAAGCGAAUUAAACUGCAAAUUUGGGACACAGCUGGUCAAGAACGUUUCCGAACUAUAACAACUGCUUACUACCGAGGUGCCAUGGGCAUUUUGCUUGUUUAUGAUGUCACUGAUGAGUCAUCUUUUAACAACAUUAGGAAUUGGAUCCGUAACAUUGAACAGCACGCUUCAGACAAUGUGAACAAAAUUCUGGUUGGUAACAAGGCUGAUAUGGAUGAAAGCAAACGGGCUGUGCCUACUGCAAAGGGACAAGCACUUGCUGAUGAAUAUGGAAUCAAGUUCUUCGAAACUAGUGCCAAGACAAAUCUGAAUGUGGAACAGGUCUUCUUUUCAAUAGCUAGAGACAUUAAGCAAAGACUUUCUGAAACGGACAAAGCUGAGCAUGGGACAAUUGAGAUCAACAAACCAGACCAGGGAGCUGCUGAGACUGCUGUAGUCCCGAGAUCGGCAUGCUGUGGAUCUUAAGAGAUGGAUUGAGGUGGCUGGGAUGCAUCCAAAUGUAGUUGAUAACUAAUUUGCAUGUUGUAAGCAACAAAAGUUAUCAACAUAAUGGACUCAUGAUCGGUGCUCUGUAAUUUCGAUCCUUCUUUUUUACUUUUUUUUUUUUUUUUUUUUUGCUACAUGGAAUCUUUGGCUGGUUUACUUAUUUAAUUCCGCCCUCCCUCGCUGUUUUGUUUUUUUC